AUGGCCGAAGAACCAUCUCUUCAGGCAGAGGGCCGUGCCCAUGACGACUACGACCAGCCGGUGGCGGUAGAAGAUGAAGAGGAGGAGCGGGAGGAGGAGGAAGCAGAAGUAGACGGGGAAGAGGAAGAGGAAGAGGAAGAAGAAGAGGGAGAAGAAGAAACAAGUGAGCUGUCGGAUAUUGACUCGACAUCGGUUUCCGAGUCGGAGUCUGACGACGACGGCGCACAUUCAAUAUCCGAGAACCUGAUAAAAGGAGUAUUCGAGAAUGGACGGAGGUACUGUAACGACACAUAUUUCAUGCCAAACGACGAGGCCGAGCAGACGCGAUUGAACAUCGUUCAUCAAAUUUUCUUGAUCCUGCUUGACGGUGAAUUGACCAAGGCUCCCGUCCCAAAAGGCGCCAGUCGCAUCUUGGAUGUCGGGACGGGACCUGGGGAUUGGGCCAUUGAGAUGGGCGAGCUGUAUCCGGACGCCGAGAUCAUUGCCACGGACAUCAGCAUCUUUGAUGGCGGUCCGGGCCGGUUUGGGCUUCCUAACGUCCACUUUCAACUUGACGAUGCCGAGGAGGAGUGGACGUACCAUGAGCCAUUCGAUUUGAUUCACAUGCGGGGCCUCUCAGGCGCCUUUCGUGACUGGAAUGCGGUCUACAAACAGGCGUUCAAGCACCUCAAGGCGGGCGGGUACAUCGAAGUGUCGGAAUCCGACCCGGCAGCAGACAUCACGAAUAUCCCUAAUGCUCCUCCAAAUUCCUACUUCAGCAUUCUUAUGUCGGCCAUGCGAAACACCGCCGACGCGGCCGGGUUUCCACGCGGGCGUGAUCAUCUCCGGCCCUCGGCGCUCACAUCUGUUGGGUUUGUGGAUGUGCGAGUCCACGAUAUCACCGUCCCAGUGGGGACGUGGCCGCAAGACCCUCGGCAAAAGACCCUGGGCAAGAUGGCCCUGAUUGGCCUCCUCGAGGGCUUGGAAGCGAGAAGUCUCCGCCAAUUGACUGCGACGGGGAAGUGGACCGCUGACGAAGUGCGAGAUUUGUGCGAGAAGGCGAAGCGUGAGAUCGUUGCCGCAGAGGGUAUGACGGUGUCAGUACGGUUCGUGACUGGGAGAAAGCCGAUGUCAUACGCACCGUACAGGAUAAGGCACCGGCGAAAAAUGGACCAGCUUUUUCGUGAACUGCAGCUGAAGUGA